AUGAAAGUGAUCAUCCGGGUCCGGUUUACCAACUCGGUGGCGCUGGACGCAGCCUUACCUGAUCUUGACUUGCCGUUCCUGUAUAACCCGAGCCAGGACGACAUCAACAGACUCGUGUCCACCAGCUGGAUCAAGGCGCAGAUCCGGCUGAAGGUGCCCCAGACUAACGACCGCCGGUUACGGCUUAUAUACAAUGGACGGGUGCUUAACGUCGAAACCAACUACAAGCGGGACGUGUUCAACCAGCUUUCAGCGCAAUCGGGCGAGGAUUUGGUGGUGUUCAUCCACUGUGUCGUCGGCGACCACUUGACGCGCCAGCAGCUUGAAGAGGAGUCUCUGCUUGAUAAUGCUACUCCCGUGACCUCGACUACCCCGCAACAGAUUGGGUUUGAUCGGUUACUCAACCAGGGGUUUCUGGAAGAAGACGUUCGCGACCUCCGUCGCCAGUUCCUUGCCAUCCACGCCCAGGACCAGCCGCUGAGCGGCCAGGGCCAGAUUGCUGACGUGGAGGAUGAAGAACAGCGCCAACGACGGUUGCGGGAGAUGGAGGAACAGUGGAUCGAACAAACAAUGAUGUACCCCUCAGCGGACGGCACGUCGCUGGCGCGCCCGGCUGGACCCGGAGCUGUUGCCGAUGGGGCCAACGCGAGACCCGCCGCUGAUCUUGAGGACUACGAAGAAUGGGACCUUGUGUUUGGCAUGCUCUUGGGGCUCUUCUUGGGGGCAGUGGCGGUGGUAUGGUUGUUAUCGGACCUGACAGUGUUCAGCAAGCGCCAGCAAUGGUCGAUUGUUGCCGGCAUCUUGGCCAACACCAUGAUUGCUCUCACCCACAUCAUGUUCCGGGCAUGA